AUGUGUACCCCGAUCGGAACAUGCUUCCCGCUGCGGAGACCGGCCAACAUCCCCCUCCAUACCCUAUCCUCGUCAGCACGGCCGCGCGAGCGAGAUUCCGCUUAUCUGCUCGACGAACAAGAUAAGGACAGCGCACGCUCGUCCUUCGACACCCCGUCUUCAGAGUCCGACCUCUCGCUCUGGAGCGACACCGGUGACCUCGUCGACCAGCUCGCCGACCAAGAGGACCCUCUCCGCAUCCGACUGCGCGAUUCUCUUGAAGAAGGCCACCUCCCCAAGCAUCGACGCCAGCAAAAGCGGGCCCGCUUCCAGUCACAGGACGGCCUGAACGAGAAGGGACCCGGAUCCAUCAGGAAGGAGGACAUUGACAUACCUGACCCGGGACCACGAACCAUCUCCAAAGCUGAGCAGAUACUCGCUGCCAUCAUGGCGCCCAACGACAGGCCCUCCCGUAUCCACGGGCUGCACGGGAAGAAGCUAGUUGGCAGCUACUUCACAAGUAUAUUCGUAUCACUUGGUGUUUUCCUGUUUGGUUACGACCAGGGAGUCAUGUCCGGAAUCAUCACGGGAGUCUACUUCAAGGACUACUUCAACCAGCCCACCGCUGCCGAGCUAGGUACCAUGGUCGCGAUCCUCGAGGUCGGAGCCUUCAUCUCCUCACUGGUGGUAGGCAGGAUAGGAGACAUGAUCGGAAGACGCAGGACCAUUCUCUACGGCUCCCUCAUCUUCAUCGUCGGCGGUGCUCUCCAGACAUUUGCAAAUGGAAUGCCCAUGAUGAUGCUGGGUAGGAUCAUUGCUGGUCUUGGUGUGGGAGCUUUGUCGACCAUUGUACCAGUCUACCAGUCUGAAAUCUCGCCGCCCCACAAUCGAGGAAGAAUGGGAUGCAUUGAGUUCACCGGUAACAUUGCCGGAUACGCCGCGAGCGUUUGGGUCGAUUACGCUUGCACAUAUAUCAAGGGACACUGGUCCUGGCGAGUCCCGUUGUUCAUGCAAAUCAUCAUGGGAAGUCUUUUGGCUGCUGGAAGCUUGCUCAUCUGCGAGUCCCCACGAUGGCUCCUGGACAACGACCACGACGAAGAGGGAAUUGUAGUCAUCGCUAAUUUGUAUGGCAAGGGCGAUAUCCACAACCCAAAAGCUCGUGAAGAGUACCGUGAAAUCAAGAUGAACGUGCUUCUAGGACGACAAGAAGGUGAACGAUCGUAUGCCGACAUGUUUAAGCGCUACUCUAAGCGCGUGUUCAUCGCCAUGUCUGCACAAGCCCUCGCGCAACUUAACGGAAUCAACGUCAUCUCGUACUAUGCGCCUCUUGUCUUCGAAGAAGCUGGCUGGAUGGGUCGUCAAGCCAUUCUUAUGACUGGAAUCAACGCCAUCACAUACCUUCUGUCGACUAUUCCACCUUGGUACAUUGUCGAUACGCUAGGUCGUCGUAAGAUUCUUCUAUCUGGAGCGCUCAUGAUGGUCGUCUCAUUGACUGCCAUCUCUUACUUCCAAUUUUUGCAAGCGAGCUGGACACCAAACAUGGUCGUUAUUUUUGUUAUGAUCUACAACGCCGCGUUUGGAUAUUCAUGGGGGCCCAUCCCAUGGCUGUACCCACCAGAGAUCCUGCCACUCAGUAUUCGUGCCAAGGGUGCUAGUCUGAGUACUGCUACCAACUGGGCUUUCAACUGGCUUGUAGGUGAGAUGACACCGAUUCUGCAGGAGCGUAUCCAGUGGCGUCUGUAUCUCAUUCACGCUUUCUUCUGCGCCGCUAGUUUUGUUAUUGUCUACUUCAUCUACCCGGAAACCGCAAACGUGCGCCUUGAGGAUAUGAACUCCUUGUUCGGAGAUGCCACCUCCGUUAUGCCAACGCCGAGGACCCUCGCGGAAGCGGAAUCUCUCUUCAGUGGCCACGGCCGUGGCUCUCCAGUUCCAUCUCUCGACAUUCGAAGCAACCGGGCAGCGGACCAGGCUAUCCCAGGGCUCAACAUUGAACCGCCUGAGCUUGAAGACGGAGGUCGGGCCAUGUCUACGAAGGCUGAUGGCGAAGGUGAAGGUAUUGGUGGCUGGAUCUCCAACAUGGUCAAGAGAACGAAGGGCAACGGAGAGGGUGAUAGCUCAAGUGGAAAGUACAAGCGGGUGGGACAAGACGAGAACUAA